CAGCUGAGGGGAGAUGGAACCCAUCCCGGCAAGGGAGGAUAAAAAGAAAGCGGUCAUAUCUGGGACGACGACGUCGGACACUUCAGAGAGGUGGCCUCUGCGGGGCGGAAGUGGGAUGAGAGCAGCGGAAGUCCCCCCCCCCCGCUCGUGCAAACUGGGUGUUUCCUUUCAGUCCGGAUUUGGAGACUCCGGCGUCCUCCGACUUUUCAUGGAAGAGAUGUCAGGAGAAAGUGUGGUGAGCUCAGUGGUGCCAGCGGCUGCUACCCGCACCACUUCCUUCAAGGGCGCAAGUCCCAGCUCCAAGUACGUGAAGCUGAAUGUUGGGGGAGCCCUCUACUACACCACCAUGCAGACACUGACCAAGCAGGACACCAUGCUGAAAGCCAUGUUCAGUGGGCGCAUGGAAGUGCUCACCGACAGCGAAGGCUGGAUCCUCAUUGACCGGUGUGGGAAGCACUUUGGUACGAUUCUCAACUACCUUCGAGAUGGGGCUGUCCCCUUGCCUGAGAGCCGCCGGGAGAUCGAGGAGCUGCUAGCAGAAGCCAAGUACUACCUGGUCCAGGGCCUGGUGGAAGAGUGCCAGGCAGCCCUACAACAGAACAAAGACACUUAUGAGCCUUUCUGCAAGGUUCCAGUCAUCACCUCAUCUAAGGAAGAACAAAAACUUAUAGCGACUUCAAAUAAGCCAGCUGUGAAGUUGCUCUACAACAGAAGUAACAACAAAUAUUCAUAUACCAGCAAUUCUGACGACAAUAUGUUGAAAAACAUCGAACUGUUUGAUAAGCUAUCUCUGCGCUUUAACGGAAGGGUCCUAUUCAUAAAGGAUGUCAUUGGGGACGAAAUCUGCUGCUGGUCUUUCUAUGGUCAGGGCCGCAAGAUUGCUGAAGUGUGUUGUACCUCCAUCGUCUAUGCCACUGAGAAGAAGCAGACCAAGGUUGAGUUCCCUGAAGCCCGGAUUUAUGAGGAGACCCUGAAUAUUUUGCUGUAUGAGGCCCAGGAUGGCCGGGGACCUGACAAUGCUCUCCUGGAGGCCACAGGCGGUGCAGCUGGACGCUCCCAUCACCUGGAUGAGGAUGAGGAGCGGGAGCGGGAGAGGAUCGAGCGCGUGCGGCGGAUCCACAUCAAGCGUCCGGAUGACCGGACCCACCUCCACCAGUGAGCUGGCCAGUGGACCCAGCUGCCUUCCUCUGCCCUCCGCCUCCUCCCUACCCUGCCACACUCAGAUCCUCUGCAGGCUUCCGGGCACCUUCUACUUCCCCUGGAGUCUGGAGAUACUUUUGUGACAAGCCAGAUGAUGCUUUUGGUAUUUCUCGACAGGGUGAAUUGCUCCUGCCUUGACCCAGGUGUACGCACCCCCAUAGUGGAUGAACAAGCUAUGUACAAGGUCUCUACUUUUCAUGAGAAUCUGGGGCCAGGCUUUUUUGGUUCUCAGAGGAAAAGUAUGAAUGAGUGUAAAAUGUAUGUGAGAACUUUGUUUGCAGUAUUUAUUUUUGUGGGUGUUGAGUACCUAUUAGGGCUUCUUGAGUGACACUCCUUCAGGUUUCAGCUGACAAUUCCAAGAGGGCCUCUGCAGGUGGCGGCCACGAGAGGUGUCUGAGCUCUGUAUUUCCCAACCCUGUAGCCUCAGCUGACUGGGUCCUGGUUCCUGUGCCUUCCUACUGGGCACAGUCUCCAUGGCUUUCCUGGGAAUCCAUUCUGCAACGUGGUUCUGUGCCUAGAGCUUACUGAUAAAUAGUUUCAGCUUGUGGCCGUGAAAAUGAGACCUAACGAGCAUCAUUACUUCUAACGUGUUUAUUUUAGUACAUCUUUGGGUAUAAAACCUUUGCUGCCUUGGCUGAUCUUUAAUCUGGUGCUUGCUGGGACUGUACCAUGCCUGGCAAGGAGUGGAGCUUUUCCUGGCAGUGAGUGCCCGGCUCCCUUCCCGGCUCCCGCCUCUUCCACUUGGUGUUCCUGUUGACUCAUUCCAUUCCAGGAAGGCCACCUGACCCUGCUGCAGGUGAAACUCACACUCUGCCACUCCGGAGCAUCCACUCUUUCUGCCUGGCCUUCUCUCCCAUUACCUCGGGCUUGCUUCAGCAGGUGGGUGCCUUGGCCUUUCAUCAGGAGUUCAGUGUGGCCCCUGACUCUGUCCUCCCAGCCAGACACCCCUCAUACCGCCAGCUCAAGGGAGCUUGCCUGUCUUGGGUGGCUUCCCUGAUGUAACACAAUGGUCACCCGGAGAUCCCUUCUCGGCUUUGCCUCUGAUUUCUCUGCGGAAUAGUGGCCAUCGGUGAACAGGUUGAGAGGAUGUGCAGAUACCUUUGGGUCCAGUUUGUGUCCAUGUUCAUGUUUGUCUAGGGAAUGUGUGCGACUGUUAGUGAGGAUGUGUGUUUGUGGGGCACAGGUGGCCCGAGCCAGAGCCUGCUGUGCACGGUGCUCAUUAGGACAGACGUUCUCAGUUACCUACCUCCCAGCUUCCUCUGCACCUGCACAGGAACGGAAGUGAAUGAUGACUGAUGUGGGUGGUGAGACUAGACUAGGUAGAGUAGCUACAAGGAGAUGAGAAUAUGUGGCAGGUAAUGGAUGGGUUUUGUUUGCUUAGCAAGGAAUCAUUACUGUUUUAUACCAAAGGUAUUAACAUGGACAGCCUUUGACACCUGUAUCUACAAAACGAGUUUCUAUUUUGCAACGGUUUUUACAGCUUAGACUUUGUACCUGUGACAGUUGUCUGCCUUUCUUUUGUAUCCAGUAGCAAAGCCUACAAUAUUUAAAACUUUAAAACAAUCAAGACUGAACCUCAAAACGAUGUAUUGGGUAGAUGCUUUUUAAACUGUUGUGUGGGAAACUUUUAUAUGAGGCUAUUUGGAUUUUAUUAAGUGCUAAGGAAAGGGAGCUUACAAAAUAAUGUUUCAUAAAUAUUUUAUACUCUUUUAAGUUUUAAACGUCAACUCUGCCGUUUGGGUUAAACAUUUUUAAAGUUACAGUGAAUGUCAGUUCUGAUGUUUUCUGUAGGAAUGGAAAAGCCAUUGUGUAAAUUCUGCUUUUUAAGUGUUCAUGUGAGUAAGUGUGCGAAGCAGUCUGAUUUGUUUUGGCUUUCAUAUAUGUCUGCCUUAUGACCUGCUCUUCCGGCAGCUCUUGGUACCUUCACUUUCCCUUCAACUUUGCACCUGUAAGUCUGCAUCUCUGCCUCCCUGGGAUACAAAGAGGUUUGUAAAACAUUCCGCAGUGAAUGAUUCUGUCAGCUGCAUGUAGCUGGGAGCUGAAAGACAAGUGUUGGCUGGUCCAAGCUCUGCUAUCAAAUAGACUCUACAAGGAAAGGAACUGACUUUUCAUAUGUUAGCACUAAGGGCAGAAGUCAGUAAUUUUAUUUAUGAACCAUCUAAGUAAAACACUGGCGUAAGAUUUGCUGAAGAGUAAGGCUUUAUUUGACUGUAAGAGCUUACAGGUAAAAAUCGGAACAGCCUUUGCUCCAUGGUAAUCAAGUUGAGUUUUUGUUUUGAAUAAGUCAUCUGAUGGUGGCUGGGUGUCUGAAACAAGCCCUACACAUCCUUUUCCGCUGCCUUCUGUGGUGGCUGUGUUGGUUGACCUCUGUAGGUCCCGGUCCCUUUGCAGGUGUUUGUACCCAGACCUUACAGUUGCUGUUGGGGACCGACGUGUGCCACCCCCACCCUUGUGUUAUCUUUAGGGCUUCACUCCAAGUCACUGUAACACAUUUAAGUGUGUCAUUAACCUUUCUGUCUCUGUGCUAUGAAAAAAUGCUGUAAGUUUUAGAAGUAGUCACUGUUUCUCUCUUAUACAACCAUUUGUGGACAUAUGUAAAAUAAAACCUUCACUGUGCUUCUAUUUAAA